AUGGAUUUGCGACACGAAAUUCCGAAAAUAGAGCCUGGGUUGAGCUCUAAUGACACACUCACCGAUUCCAUUACCCGAAACAUUACCACAAAAAAUGCUCCAAGCACGACCGGAUCGAUGCUGCGUCUUUCAUUAUGGGUCUCGUUUGCCGCAUGGAUCUCGAACUUCGACAACGGCUACGCCGGUACGGUGCUGAUCAUGCCGUCCUACAAACACGCCUUUGGAAGCUGCGUGCAAGUUAUAGACCCGAAUACGUAUGCCGAAAUUCGACAUUGCUCAUUGACGCCACUACAACAAUCUCUUAUCAGCCUCAACUUCUUGUUCGUUGCCAUUGGAGGUGCGAUUGCGGGCAUGACCGGCCGAUACUUCGGGCGCAGGGGGUCAAUCCAAGCUGGAUGUACAUUGGCUAUUAUCGGUGCUGCUGGAAUGCUUGGCACCAGCGGUAGCUUCUUGCGCUACAUGGUGUGCAGAUCGAUCAGUGCUGUGGGAGUUGGACAGUUGAUUGUAUCCAGCGUCACUUAUGGUUCUGAGUGCAUUGUCGCCAACAAGCGCGGCCUGUCCUUAGGGUUGUAUAAUGUUGGACUUGCCGGAGGAAAUCUUGCUGCUUCCGCGGUGUGUGCAGGUUCUGCUCGUCUAGAGGCAACCAAUGACUGGCAGUGGAAGACACCCAUUUUAUGCCAAAUACCCUUGGGGGUUAUUCUCGGUGCUGGGAUUUUGAUGCUUCCCGAGUCGCCGCGCUGGCUUAUGAUACACGGUCGAGAGGAGGAGGCACGCAGCUCAUUCGGCGUGCUAUACUGCCAAAGUCCAUAUUCGCCGGAAAUCACCAUGCAGAUUGAUGAUAUAAGAACCAACCUUGCAAUCGAGCGUGCAAGCCUCAAAUCUGUCUCAUGCUUUGAUAUCUAUCGCAGGAAGCAUAUCAGCCGUACCUUGAUAUCUGCUAUGAUCAUGAUUGGAAUCGCCAUUACUGGUAUCCAAUUUGUACAACCAUACGCUGCACUGUUCCUCAAAGGAGUUGGCAUCAGUGACCCAUAUUUGAUCAAUGUUAUCAUCGGCUUGUGCAUCCUAGGAGGAUCAUUUUUUGGUCCGUUCAUUGUGGAAUAUGGCGGAAGAAGAAUUGCCAUGCUUUCCGGCUAUAUUGUCAUGGCUGUCUGCAUGCUCACUCUUUCCUCUGUGAGCACCGCUCUUGGAAUGGAUACAAGUGCAGAGAUAGUUAUCGUCGUUCUUCUGUGUUUGUGGGCUUUUGUCUUUGGUGGGACUAUUGCUGCGAGUGCUAACCUAUCUUCUGUGGAGAUGCACAGCGUCUCACUCCGCACUUACGGACAAGCCAACACAACAGUGUUCUAUGGUAUCUUUGCCUUUGGUGCAACAUUUUGGACGCCUUACAUGUUAGGUGCGGGUUAUGGGGACAUGGGUCCCAACGUGGGCUAUUUUUAUGCAGGUGUCACCGUCGUCAUCGCUAUUUUAACCUUCUUGCUCGUGCCAGAGACUGCUGGAAUUACACUGGAACAGAUUGACGAAGGUUUUGACUCGGGAAUAAAGGCAUGGAAAACGUCACUACCCAAGAAUAGAGCUAUUGCUUCCUCUCAGAAACGAAGUAUGGCAGGUGGACACGUUGGAGCUUGA